AUGGACCAGAUGAAGUUACUGCAGCAGCGCUGGGCGGACAUGCCACAACCACGUAAAAUCAAAGCGCUGCGUGUUGUGGUGUUCGUGUGCUACUCCCUUGCGCUGCUGUUCUUCGUCAUUUACGCCUUUGGCGGCACGACGAAGCGGGUGAGUGAGCCGAUGCCAGUGGUGCUGUUCAUGGAGUCCAUGCCGGGCGGCAUCAUGGCGUUACGCUACUUGGCAAAGCGCGCGGACGUCUUCAUCGCUAUGAUCGUGUUGGCAACGGACGCGUGGAAUGUAAACCUCAACGCCGCAUACGACAACACCGCUGCGUUCAUUGCGAUGAUGCGGAAGGAAGGUGUGCUGCUGUACGACAUACCCAUCUACUACGGCAACAGCGUGGCGCAGGCAAACGCCCGCUUUGAUGAAGAUGUUUCUUUCACUUCAAUAAAUGUGUCACAUAACACGACGUCCUGUACGUACCGCCGCGUCCUUGAUCCAAACGUUCUGCUUGAUGCGGAUCGUUUGUUCGGCGCGUCGGAUCUCCUUGAUGGCGUGCCGAUCUCCGCGCCCAGGAACAACAGCGAUGGCAGUACUCUCAGCGGUCAGAUGGAGUUCUUUGACGUGCCGCUGUUGCACUACUUGACGCGCCACACUGCGUCGUUUCUGGUGUUGGGGCCGUCGACAGAUGCGGCGUGGUUCCUGCAACAGCACCCCGACCAGCGGUCACGUGUGUCUCUUGUCAUUAUGGCCGGCGGCGUGAUGGGUGCCGAUGGCGACACGCGUCUCGUGUACCCGCCGAACCGCCGCUCCGAGCUUCACAUGUUUUUUGACCCACACGCGGCCAACUACCUCGUGAGCGGCGCGCACGGCCGGCAGGUGCUGCUGCUGCUGCUUGACGCCGCCCCGAAGUGGCCGGCGCCGCUGUACGAGUCCCUCAUCGUCGCCCGCGCCUCGUCGUCGGCGGCCACUUCCGCCAAUGUGGUGGCGCAUGCCGUUAGCGGGUUCAACAGGCGGUUCGCUGCGGAGCUGCCGCUGCCGGUAGAGGUCGCGACGGCAGCCUAUUUCGCGGAUCUCCACAUCCGCGGUGGUGUGACAGUGACGGAGGUGCCGCUAUUAGUCGCCAAUGGUGUUGCGAUGGCGACAGACGGCAUGCUCGGUACUCCUGCCGACGUACACAAGCAGCCGACCGGCCUAAAGGUGAAGGCGGUAUUGAAGCUCCAAGAGGGUACGUUUUGGUCGCGGUUCGAGAGGGUAGACAGGCUCACUCUGUGA